AGUAUCAUCGGCUUCUCUCCAAUCAUAGCCGUCAAUCUGUCUCUAUAUGGUCUAUACACAUUUUACAUACAUGUAUCAAGUGAAAGCCGAAGUUGGAUUUGUGCUUGGAAAGACAGUUGCAGCUCAAUUGUUUCAAGACUUCGACUGCAAACCUAUGGGCCGCUCAUACGUUGCUCGUUUUAUUACAUGAAGUUACUGCUGCGGAUGUUAUCAGAGCCAGAAAAAUUUAAUUAUAAGGGCUGGACUCAAGCGGGAUUGGUUAUUUUAUCAAGUUAUCUCUAUGUUCGGUGGUCGUCUAUGUUGGAAGUGCUGACUCUGCUCCUCAAUCUGCUGGGAUGGAUUUGCUUCAUGAGUCUAUGCGCCAGACAUAACGACAUGAAAAGCGAAGGACGAGGGAUGCCUAUAUCGGUAAGCGCUACACCAGACAAUUAUUACAAGAAAAGUGAAACUGUAUCGACAUCCCUAUCGUAUACCAACGAAAAUGCACGUCCUUUCAAAAGAUCCCUUACUUGGCAGAAACGGCGCUUUGGCCGAGAUGAAACUGAGAAGAAAUCGGAAGAAAGAAAGAUGAGCAAUGAAAAAACAGAGCCCAAAAGCAGUAAGAAAGACAAGAAGGAAAUAAAGGAAAAGGAUGUUGUCAAAGGCGUAAAUAAAGUCACUAAAGAAGAGAUCAAAGUCGCAAAAGUCGAUGAAAAAUUUAAAAAACCGAAAGAGGAAGCUAACAAAACGGAUCAUGUGAUAGAAAAGACGCAAAUUAUAGAGUUAAAACCUGCCGCCAGCGGAACAGCAGUGGACGAAGCAAAAACGCAAAUGGAAAUUUCAAAACCAGGCUCUAGCAGGUCUAUCGAUAUUAAUGACAAGGUAGCAGCUGUGCCAGGCGAAACUCUAGCGCUACUCGCAGCUGCGGAGCAAAUGGCUAUGAAUGACAAAGGCGACUAUGAUAAUUUUGGGCCGCCUGAAGCCAAAGUAGAGAAAUAG